ACAGGGAGGAGACAGAGAAGAGCGGAGACGCGGUCACGUGCGGCCAAUGAAAAAAGGAUCCGGCUCUUUCUUAGUCUCCCAGGUUCUAUCGCGCACAACGUGAGGGACAGAAGAUGAACCUGUCGGUCCUGGAGGGCGUAGGCUUCCGCGUGGGCCAGGCUCUGGGUGAGAGGUUGCCCCAGGAGAUGCUGACCUUCAAGGAGGAGCUGGAUAUCCUCAAGUUCCUGUGCAAAGACCUGUGGGUGGCCAUGUUCCAGAAGCAGAUGGACAGCCUCCGUACCAACCACCAGGUGUGUGGUGCCCGGCCGGCCCCCGGUCGCAGGGGACCUAUGUCCUGCAGGACAACAGCUUCCCCCUCCUGGUCCGGAUGGCCUCAGGCCUGCAGUAUGUGGAGGAAGCACCCAAGUUCCUGGCCUUCCCCUGCGGCCUCCUGCGUGGCGCCCUCAGUACCCUGGGGAUCAAGAGCUUGGUUACCGCCUCCGUGGCAUCCCUGCCUGCCUGUAAGUUCCAGGUGGUGAUCCAGCAAUCCUGAGGAGCCUGGGCCCCGGGGCCUGGGCUGCUGCCUUGGGGACUGGCCAGAGGGCUGAUGCCGGGGACCCCAGGCUCGGUGCCACAGCAGUCGGGAGGCCAGGUGCUUCCAGGGGUUCUUCGUGCUCAACAAGUGGGCAUUGUUGGGGAGUCAGGGUGGCCGGGGCUGGGUGGUCCUGGCUGCAGCUGGGGCUGACCUGAUGGGUUCCUGUCUGCUAAUAAAGGCUU